UCAGUGUCAAACAAAAGCAAGAAAAAAAGGCAAAAGCAUUUUGCAUUGUAAUUUGUGUUGAUUUGUCGAGUAUUUGUGAAUAUUUCAUUUUAAAUCUCUUGAAUUUCAUCAAUAAAUAUUUAAUUGCAUUCAAAUUCAAUAACUACAUAACAGGCUCUAAUAAUAAACUCGUUGAUUUGCGGAAUUUAGAGGAAAACAGUGUAGCCUAUUGCUGUACAUUGGUAAAUCCCCCUGUGACUCAUAAUCAUAAACUAAUAAUAACAUCCUGGACCAUUUCCCUUUAAGAUUAUCAGUUGCAACAGUUGUGAAAUUUAAUUAUGGUGAUGAUAAUAUUUUAAGUUUUGUUGUGCCUAAUAUGUUUGACAAUAAACACUUCGACGAAGACGAUUAUUUGGAAGGUUUUUAUACGGAGAAAGUAACCACAACAACCCUCGACAUGAGCUUCCAAGCAACGCUGUACAUAGUGGGCGUCAUAGUGCUGGUAGUGUUGUUCAUCGCUUGCUGCGCCCACUGCUGCUGCCGCCGCAACCGCGGCCAAGUGCUGCAGCCGCCUCCGGUGCAGCAAGUAACAGUACAGACGCCGUAUCCACAACAACAGUACAGUGUUCCCUAUCCGACUGCACAAGUGGUGACGACGUAUCCUGUGCACACGGGUGCACAAGUAGCGUACCCCCAGAGUACGGGUUACCCGUACCCCUCGAUGCCGACCGCCAGCCCGAACCCGGCGCCCUCCGCGGCGCCCUACCCCACUGCGUCCUACCCCGCGGCGGCGCCCUACCCGACGCCGUACCCGAGCACUGCCUAUCCUUCAGCACCAAGCGCGCCCGAAGCUAAUGUUUUCUUUGGGAUCGCCCCGCCCGGCUGGAAUACUCAAGCGAUGCCGCCCUCCUACGAACAAGCCGUAUGCGCCAAGCCCGCUGCGUCCAACCCCUACGCCGCGCAGUAGUGUUAUAACAAUUAAAGUGUAUGUGAUAUAACCACACUAGUGUCUUUAAGUGCUAUUUAUGUGCUCUACGUCUGAUUAUGCAUUUAUGCUCGCAAAUUACGGUACAGCAAGUAUUUAAUCUUCCCAGUAAUAUGCGAUCAGGUAAACAGACUACUCGUAUAUGAGAUUAUAUUAGAAUUCAGUGAAUCGGAAGUCUUGAUUUAGUUAUAUAUUUCAUGAUGUAGGUUAGCACCGUUCUUAUGAUUUGUGGCUGGAUUACAGUGUUCUUGCCAUUGAGUUGUAUGUACUACAUACUGGAGACGCUGUGUCAAACACAAAACACGUUUUCUGGCUGAUUGAAGUAUAUGCAGCAGCCAGUGAUGGAUUAAAGUAACUUGAUGCUAUAAACAGUCAACCCUGUGGGUCCCUUAUCCUUAAUUAAACUACAAAGAGUUUUUAAAAAAAAUGCGUUAACUUUCGUGUGCUCGUUUAUUUUCUCGAUCGUUUCUGGUGCUCUCUUAGUCAGGAUGCAAGCUUAAGCAAUUGCUUAGAUAGCUUAUAGGUUAAUCCAGGACUGACUGCAGCACUAAAACAUUAGUUAGGUCUACCCAUAUUAUAAAAUUAUGCAGAGCUAGAUCGCGACCAUAACGUCAUGUUUCGUUUAAUAAGAUAUUCUAGUAAGAAACUAUGAACUAGUGCGGUGUUAUCACCGCAGUUGAACGGAACGCAGUAGUGAUGACUUCUCUAGUAUAUAGUACAUUAUAACUCAAUGGCUCUCGCUCAAAAUGUACAUUUCACCAAUAGUAGAAGAGUAUCAACUCAUUCAAACCUUUGUAUUACUGUUAAAAUUCUAUAGAUAUAUCUAUAUUAUAGAACAUUUAUACAUACGUCUGGCACUUUUGAAAGUCGAGACAAUUACUUGGCUUAAGAGGAUCCUAACAUUGAUUGUGUGUGAAGAAUGCUGAUGCCCAUAUUCAUAGAUGUUCCUCACAAUCGAACUUUUUCAGGGCACAAGAGAUCAUAAAUUGCUUAUUUACCUAUAUAGUGACAAACUCAACACUCUACUCAUCUCUCUUCAAUUGAGUAACAUUUAUUAAUAUAGUAGUCUCAAAAUACUCAACUUGCUUUUCCUUUUACCCGUAAAAACAGUGUUCUCUAUUGGAACUUGGAAGAGAUAUGACACUUGUUCAUGAAUGGGGAUGAUGACUAGGUUUGAAUAUAUUGAUUUUUAUGAUACAUUCGGGUAAAUAAGGUCAAUGUAAACUAAUUUAUACAUAAACACCAAAAUUGUCUGGAUAUUUGCAAAAUAAAUAAGAUUAUAAAAUUUCAAAAAUCUAUUAAAAAUCUUUUAUCGUGAUUAGAUGAAAAUUCAUACAGUACAAUAUUAGCUGGCUUAUAUUAAAUGUGACAUUUUUUAAUAAAUGAACUAUAAACAUAAACGCACAAAUAACAAAGAUAUUAGUAAUUUUGUUUGAACGCCCAUACAAAUCUAAAGAUUAUUAUGUACCUACGACGUCAUUAAUUCGUACCAUUUUCUAUGGGGCGUUUUUCAUUGAUCCGUAUCAGUGCAGCAAAUCUGACCCUUUAAAUCCCUGUAUCUCCGAAAGUAAUGAUCGCAGAUACCCUGUUACUUUUACAAAAUUGCUUUACUAUUAGCAUACUCUUAAUUUAUAUACAAUUUAAAAAAACUGUCAUCAUCCCUAUUGAUUGCAAGUUAAAGUUCUCCAAUUAUUAUCAUACAUAAUUCAUGGAUUGUGUUUAUAAACUUCCCAUUGUAUUUCGAAAGUAAAAUGAAAUUUUAUGAAAUUGCACUUCACCUAUACAUUGUAAUCUCUUGCUUUGUAAACCGAGAGACUGAAAUUAAAACAUUUCAUCAUCAUUAAUAAUAUGAUUUAUUUUAUCACAAAAAAAUUAUAAAUAGUUGGGCAUUAAUUUCAUCAAAUUUCAAAACAAUGUAUCUUCUGAAGCCGAAUUAAGUACUUUCACUAUAUAAUGAGAGUGACAGAAGUAUAAUAUUUAUUUAUCUGGCAUAAGGAAUAUAUUUCCUCAUCUGUUAUUUAUUUGGGAUAAUAAAUAAAUGAUAGAAAAUAUUGAUAUAUUGAAAUAUUUUAAAGAAUUAAAUAUCACGUGUCUCAAACGGUGAAGGAAAAAUCGUAAGGGAACCUACAUACGUGUGUGAAGUCUGCCAAUCCGCUUUGGACUAGCACGGUGGACUAUUGGCUUAACCCCUCGCAUUCUGAGAGGAGACUCGUGCUCAGCAGUGAGCCGAAUAUGGGUUUUAAAAAUGAUAAUGAUGCUUUAUAUAUUCCUUAAACCGGAUCUCGUAUUAUAAUCUGGCAAGUUCGUUGAUAACACAUCCAUGAUAUGCGGGCGACGGGGGGAAAGACUGCGCGGGUGUAAAAUCGUGCGUGCGGGGAAGUGACGUGCAUCAAUCGAGGGUUUUUCAUUCAUCGCUACACGCCCCCCGGCCCGCGCGGAACAUCGGGAGUGUUACGAACGAAGUUGCCAAGCUAUAUAUAGAUAGUCACAAAUCCAUCAAUGCUUUACAUUGUGAUAAAAAUUAUGACAGAUAGUUUAUAUAUAAAUAUGAUUUAUGUUAAAUGCUUAUGAAGAAUAUUGUAUAGCAAAUUGAAUUUAUUUUAGUUUUGAAAAAGUACUUAAAAAUAAUUUUUAAAUUGAUUUAAGUUUAAUUAUUGUAAUUGCCAUGUAAUUGUACCUAUGUUAUGAUAAUUUUACUUCUUAUUUGUAAUUACAUUAAGCAUACUAGUAGUUACCAUGUGAACACUGGGAUUUGCGUUUUUUUUUUAUUUUUAUUAUUUUUUUUUUUUAAUAGUCUAUGUAUACUCUACCUUAUUACUCAAAUAAAUGUGCUAAAAUAUGAAUAUAAUGUGUACCUUCAUACCUCACAAAAACCAAUAUUUUCAUUAUUAUUAUUAUAUACUGCCUAAUGACACAGUGGGUAGUAGCCCUGCCUUUUGCAUCCUAGGCUGUGGGUUCGAUUUCUACAACUGGAAAAUGUUUGCAUGAUAACAAUGGGCGUUUUCCAAUGGCUGGAUAUUUAUCUAUAUAUUAUGAGUAUUUAUAUAAAUUAAAAAAUAUAUAUUCUUCAUUUAUUUUAGUACCCAUAACACAAGCUAUAUGCUUAUUUGUGUAUUGUCCAAAUUUCAUCUAUUUUAUUUGAUUUCGCGAUGUAAAAUGUGUGUUUAACUGUGUCUUUACUGUGUUCAUCUGUCUAUAAUAUGUGUGUUUUUGUGCCGCUCUAAACACAAAACUCGUGGGCCAAUUUUGAUAAAUUUUCCUAAUUAUGCGAGUUAUUAAAUAUUAUUUAAUUGGAAAAAUAUCUCCUUUUUAUUAAGUCAAAUAUUUAAACGUAUUCUCACGACAACGACAAGACCCUCAAAUGUUAAACGUCAAAGUUCUAGUCCGCUCUGAAGUUGCAGUCGAACUGCACAGCUAUCUUGGCUGGUGGGAGGCUUCGGUUGUGGCUAGUUCCCACCGUACCAGCAAAGACGUACCGCCAAGCGAUUUAGGGUUCCGGCACCAUGUCGUGUGGAAACCGAAAGGCGUGUGGAUUUUCAUCCUCCCCUAACAAGUUAGCCCGCUUCCAUCUUAGAUUGCAUGAUCACUUACCGUCAGGUGAGAUUGUAGUCAAGGGCUAACUUAUAAAAAAUUAAAAAGAAAUUUGACCCUACUAUGAUUUGUUUUGAACGGACUAGAAGUUUAGCUCAUAAAAGGUUUGUGCUUAUGCCGCCAUACCAAAUCUGUGGGCUCUAACAAGAAUGGGGUAGUUGACAUUUUUUUUUAUUGUUCAUAUUAUAUUAAAAGUAUGUUAAUAGUAGUCAAUGACUUAAUUUUCCCGAAAAUCUUAUGAAAUUCAAUAUAUUCUAAUGUAAUAUUUCACGAUCGCUCAAAUUGAACGAUUUUAUUUAACGUAGUCAAAUAUAAUAUGGCAACACUUCAUGUAAAUGUACUAUGUACAUCAUGUUUAUGUAUUUAAGUAUGUACUAUUUAGGUAAAAUUUCGAUUUUGUAUGAAUACAAUUUUGUUUUCGAGUGGAAUAUAUAAUUAUUAAGUUAUUAUAAAACGCAGGGUUCUUUAUACGUUAUUUUCGACACACUCUUAAAAUAAAUAAAAACUAACAUGUUUUAUUUCAGUAAUAGAUAUGCUUAUAAAAAAAAAAUUGUAAAAAUUACGUUAAAAGUAGUUUGUAAGACUGAUAUAAUAUCUAGUAUGUUAAUCUCAUAACAUGCAUGUCAAGAGAUUAGUCCAUAAAGUAGAGCCGCGACAUCUUUUUCUAUUGAAUACGAAUACACCAAAGAAAUACAGGGCCUAUAACCUUGUAACCCGCUUGAUGAUGGAUUAUUUAGUGGGGGUUCACCAUUCUAGCACCUUGGGACACCAACGUCCACUGGCUCCUCGAACUAACCCUACUCACUGCCACUUUAGCUUUGCGACGUGUUGAGCUAUGUCGGUGACUUGGUUCAUCUGCGGAUCUCAUUACUGAAUCGCUCAUGUAAAGAAACUCCGAUCAUUUAGUCUGGCAAGUUCGUUGAUGACACUCCCGUGAUCUGCGGGCGACGGGGGGAAAGACUGCGCGGGUGUGAAAUCGUGCGUGCGGGGAAAUGAGGUGCAUCAGUCGAGGGUUUUUCAUUCGUCGCUACACGCCCUCGGGCCCGCGCGGACCAUCGGGAGUGUUACGAACGAAGUUGCCAAGCUAUAGUUCGCUUCAUCGCGCGCGGGUAUACUCUGGGCUCAGACCAAUUAUAGAAGGACCAGUAUCGCACCCAUAUUCACAAACAUUGUUUCCUCAGAAAAUGAGCUUAGAUUCAGUGUAUAUCUUAGAAAAUGAGCUUUGGUGUAUAUCUUAUACUAAAUUUGAAGUUUUUGCCUGUUUUUUUACACCACUCAACUACAUACAAAAGUAUUUCUACUGAGCUCUAACCGACGAACACGAUUACAGCUAUGAAACAUCUAUACUACAGAUACAGUUUUUUAAUCGCAUUAGAUCGUUGAUCAUAUACUUUGACAGAAAAGUAACGUCUAGCGAGGCGGGUCCUAUACAAUAAUUGGUCUGAGACUCUGGGCCUUCUUGUGAGAGACAUAGUUAGCGAACAAACCUCGGAUCCGUAUGUCAUCACUGGCAAUACGCACUCAACAUACAAAACUCUUAAAAACUAAUAAGGAAUAUUUAAUCUUUAAAAACUAGACAAUAUUUUUUUUAAUCACUAAUGAAUCUGUACUUUUCUCAAUAUUUUAUUACAGUUCGUGCGCUGUAGCAUAAUGCGGUUGACGUUCAUAAUACGUACCUACUAUUAUCGUGAAUCGCGGCAACAUUCAAGAGUGAAACGAACUGUCACCCGCACCACCCUACACGCACGAACUAAAGAGUUGUUCUUAUUUAAGGGCCGCUCAAAACAUUCCUGACGUAAUAUUGAGAUAUACAUAAUUAGUAUGAUACACGUCUAGUUAAAAAUAUACAUAUGAAUGUUAAAUGUAAAUUAUAAACGCUGUUGUUAAUCUAUAUAGCCUGAUAUUUAAACUAAUUUUAAUAUGUCAAAGUUAUUCCAAAACUAAGACAAUUUACGUAAUCUAGCUCAUAGCUGUUAGAUAUUAUAACAGUAUGAAAUUAAAGAUAGAUAAAAAAAUUCAAUACCUAUGAUGUAGUUAUGCAAAAUUUAUAUUGUUAGCUAAUAAUUUCGAUUUUUUUUUAAAUAUAUAGCUCCCGCCGCAUUCCCUCAAAAAAGAUAACAACUUUAUUGCGAACUUCGUAAAUAAACGAGAUAAGGCAAUUUGUUACUCUGCAUCAUGACGCGUGCCGUUUUUUCAGUCAACUUGUAGAGAAUAAAAAAGAAAAAAAAAAAUGACAAACAGUAGUCUAGUUCUUUCUCUGUCUACGAUUAACCACCAUCCUACAGGAAACGAACUGUAAUGCUAGUUACAGACCUGCUAUUUUAACUGUAGUUUUUUUCUAAUGAUUUUGAUUGAAUUUUAGAUCAGAUAAAACUGAAGGUCUGUAGCCCGGGCAAUUAGUUUUUGCUUUUAAUUUGUGCUUGAUUACACAAUAUUACGUGAUUUAUAUUUUUAUUUUUGAUAUAAUUAUGUAUAAAAAAAGUAUGAAUAAAAAAUGUUACAUUUGAAUAAUACUAUUUAUUCUUUAUUUACCUACUAAUAUUAAUUUAAAAAAAAAACAGAGAUUGCUUGCUAAAUCUAACAUCUAAAAGGCUUAGGAUUUAGUUGUAAGAUGCAGCAUUUGACCUUGAACAAUUAACAGACAGCCCAUUGGUGUGUAAGGUCGUUUUUACCAGAAAUAUAAUUAACAAGUAAUUGUAUUCUGUGCUUUAGAUGCUAAUUGAAGAAAUUUGUUCCUUUUUUUUCGCAAGAUAGAGGGUUUUUUUCAAUUUUUUUUUGUUUAGUUCGUUUAUUACUCUCUGAUUUAAUACAGCUGAUGUUAAUGCUUAAUAGUAAUAUAUCUAAGAAAAAAACAUUUUACAGGUCUAAGUAAUAAAUAACAGUACCUUUUCAACUCAUUGUUAUUUUACGAUGUCCCGAGUAUGAGUUAGGAGGGCUAUUUUGUACGAUUAUUUAUUUAUUUAUCAUUCUACAAAGUACAUAUUUAAAUUAAGCCUAACCGUAACCAUGAUGCAACACAAAGCACAGUUGGUUUUACUGGUUAUUACAUACAUAAUUGUUAUAUACAUGGUUAUUUCAUAAACAAUAUUGAAAAAAAUAACACAAAAAGAGAAAAGAAAAAAAUAGAACAAUCAUUAGCGGAUAGUAAAAUUAACAUGAUAAUUAUAGUGUGAGUAUACCGACGUUUUAUUACUAGCUAUUGCGAGUUGCGGUUUUCUUUCUAGAAUUUUUAGCAGUCUGAAGUUGAGUCUGAAAAAAUUCACCUCUAUCUCUCUCUGUCUGUCACGAUACUAUGGAAUGAGAAAAAUAGAGCUGAAUUCGAAACUCGCUCUUGCCUUUUCAAUACAAAACAUUACAGAAUAGCCCUACAUAGAAAAUGUCAGUUUGCUGGUUUUCUUUCUAGAAUUUUUAGCAGUCUGAAGUUGAGUCUGACAGCUUAAUUUAAUAUACCUAUAGUAAAUAUUUUACAAAUUAUUAUUCACUAAUGCUGUUUUAUAUGUAUAUUUUAUUAUCAAAUGAUCUUCCAUUGUUCCAAAUGUUCCAUAGAUAAUAAUUAUUGUUAUUAUUGUUCUAAAUCGCAAAAGCCAUCUCGAUGUAAAUCGGAAUUAUGACUGGAUGUUAUGAAUAAUUUUGUAUCAAAUAAAAAAACCACUUUGCAAA